ACCAUGUGUAUGACAUGUUUAUAUUGUUAAAAAGUUGCAUUAAUUAUAAUUAAAAACUUUAAAAAUAUUGUUUAAUAAUUUAAACAUAUUUAUAACGGUGAAACUGAUCCUUGAAGAUCUCAUGUAUUCAUAAUGGUAAAAUGUGCCAUGAAAUAUUGUCAAAACACUACAAGCAUUCGUAUUAAAAAAAUUGGAAAAAAUACCAUCAAGCACAAUGACAAAAUUAGUUUUCAUAGGUUUCCAAAAAAUUUGGAUGUAUCUAAAGUUUGGAUGGAAAUAUGUCAAACUAAAAAUAUUGAAUUAAAAAAUGCACGUGUAUGCUCUGUUCAUUUUGAUUCAAAUUCAUAUAAAACUCGGUGGCUAACAAAAUACUUAUCAGAAGAAAACAUAAAACCAAUUCUAAAACCUGAUGCAAUACCAACCAAAAAUUUGCCAAAUGAUCAUGUUUUUUCCAACAUCUUAAAUUCCACUAUUGAUCAAAAUCUCGAGCAAAUUAAUACAGUUCAUGAACAUAUUGAUGCAACUAAGCCAAUGAAAGAAAUAAGUAUAAACAAAAUUGCAUGUAAUAAUGAACAAAAUGUUCAUGAACAUGUUGAUGCAACUAAGCCAAUGAAAGAAAUAAGUAUAAACAAAAUUGCAUGUAAUAAUGAACAAAAUGUUCAUGAACAUGUUGAUUCAACUAAGCCAAUGAAAGAAAUGAGUAUAAACAAAAUUGCAUGUAAUAAUAAACAAAAUGUUCAUGAACAUGUUGAUUCAACUAAGCCAAUGAAAGAAAUGAGUAUAAACAAAAUUGCAUGUAAUAAUGAAAAAAAUGUUGAAAAAAGCAUAGUAGAUGAGGAACAUGCUGUUGAUCCAGUUGACACAAUAAAUGAUCAUAUUAUAAAUAAUUCCAGUGAUAAUAUCAAGCUCACUGAAUUAGAAUUAUCUCAAGCUGAUAAGUAUACUUCAUUAGUGAACUUUUCGAGUUUAGCAGAUGAAAUUUCUAAAAGGAAAAUACAAGCUGAUGAAUAUCGUAAAGAAAUUGAUAUUUUAAAACAAAAAUUAAAGAAAUUAGAAACUGUUAAUACUAAAUUACUUCAAAGCCUUGCUGUUAACGAAACAAAAUUAGAAAAAAAAGAUAAAUUGUUACAAAAAUACAUGAAAGCAUUGACAUCUGUUUUUACGCCAACUCAAAUUAAAAUAUUAAUGAAUCCUGGACAGACAAAAAGUCACUGGAAAGCUGAAGACAUUGCCUCGGCAAUAUCUCUUCAAGCUGUUUCACCACAAUGUUAUCGUUAUUUAAGAAUGAAAAUGAAUUUCCCACUUCCUUCAAUAACAACUUUGAAAAAAUGGGCUUCUAAAGUUGAUUUAAAUCCCGGUCCUUGUAUUGAUGAUAAUAAAACAAAAAAUUAAAAAAACAGAUGAACUUUAUAAGUUUUAAUUUUAA